GCAAAAAGGAAAAUUCUUUGGAUUCUAGUUCUGUGGCAUUAGUAUAUGUAGUAAAUAAUAAAUAUGUCAAAUUAAAAGUUGUUGAAAUACUAAAGUAAUGUUUUCUCGUACCUCCCACAUAGUCCGUAAUAUUGGAACCGCCUUUCUGAACACAAAGGCUAAUAUAAAACCACUGGAUAUCAAAGCAGACAUAAACAUUACCCAACAAUGUGUGGAGCGACUGAAAAAAAUCUCCGUCACCCCCAAUGAUUUCUUGAGAGUCACUGUCGAGGGCGGAGGCUGUUCUGGCUUCCAGUACAAAUUCGAUUUGGAUUCCAGAGUCGAGGAUGAUGAUAAAAUUUUCGAAAAGGAUGGCGUUAAAGUAGUGGUCGAUACCAUCUCCCUGGAUUACAUAAAGGGCUCCACUCUGGACUAUCAGGAGGAGCUCAUUCGGUCUUCCUUCAAGAUUGUCAAUAACCCACUGGCUGAGAAAGGGUGUUCGUGUGGGGCAUCUUUUGCUGUGAGGUUAGAUUAAUGAUUGACGAGCUGAUUAAUUGUUUUCCGAAUGCUGUACAUACUGUUGUUUCUUAGUUUUGAAUAGUAAAUUAUUGUUACAUUGUU